GGAAUGAAUUGUUCAAAAUGAAUGCACUCGUCCAUUUCUUCUUCUCUGCAGUAUUUGGGUCUUCUGUGAUAGUUUCUGAUGCAGCAACUUGUAAAGGAGAGUUUCUCUUGACCAGGCUGCCCUAUUCAUCAUAUGUUCCAAGAGCUGUUCCACAGUGUCAACAAUACUUUCGUUUCACAAGCCUAUAUGAAGAACAGUGCUUCAGUGAAACAAAUGGAGUAGAUGCAAAUUGGCUUUACUUUCGGCCUAACAAUGAUUGUCGCAUUGGCAUUUGUGACUCUAACAUAAACAACACUGACUGGGAUUAUAAAUGGUAUGAAUCUUCUUCAUACACUGGCAAAACAUAUGUGAAGCCUCAUCCCUACACACCAAGAUGUCAUAACUCAUACUUCAUGAGACGCACGUGGAAAAAUAAUGUUAAAUCACAAUGUCCCCUGAUAAGAACAUGGACAGGUCAAGAUUUACGAGAAUGUAUGACUUUGGCAUGUGAGGACAAAGCGAAUGUCUUUAACUUUUACCCAGAUGAAACACCUUUGAGAUGUGAAACCAAACACUGUAAGUGGACAAGCUCAGCCAAGGAUUACAAUUUCCUAUUUGCUUCCAGUACAGCAGUGUCAGUGUAUGCUUUGGAGCACACUAAGUUAUCUGGACCCAAUAGCGAACACUGGCUUGAAACAGAAAUACCUCAUCCAGAGGGAUGUUAUUCUAGAGGACAAAUCGAUUUGACUUCAAAUAAGGAUCUUGACUAUUGCUCCACUGGGUCUAACAUGAUAAAACAAACAUCAAGCAAUGCAACAAAAUCACUUUAUACUUGCCCUCAGAAUCAUGAAGGAACUGCUUGGCUCACAACAUAUGCAGGAAACAGAGCGUGUGUUACUAAAUCUUCCACUAGAUGGCUUAUGUCACCAUAUCCAGGUACGCCAAAUUGUAACUCAUCAAUCUUUGUCAUUAAACAAUUGAGAAGCCAGUGCUUGAAGUCUAGCUGUGACAGGUCAAUCAUAAUUCAUGAAGCUAAAGACUUGAGACAGUGCAUGUUGUAUGCUUGCGAUCAUGGUGCUCCAGUCAUUAACUAUUACAGUUACUCAACAACUGUCACAUGCGACCUCAGAUUUUGCGAUCGACUCCCAAAUGGUGACUUAGAGUUAAAGUACACUACCACAGGGACAUACACAGGAAGUAGUUUUGAUGUGUAUGUACUCCAACAUGAUCCAAAUAGAGAUAUACCUGUGUCUUCUACAACACCUUUGGUCUCUACGGCUGACACAUACUCAGCAUCCCCCUCAUUAUCCACAAUGGCAUCUACCUUUGAGCCACCUAUUGAAACAUCCAAGGCACCUUCAACCAUAGCCACAAGUGAUACAAGUGCAACAUCGUCACAGAAGUUGCAACAAUAUGAACAGGAAAAUUAUAUUUUAAGAUUGGCCAUGAUUGCAUUGGGAAUUGCACUUGCUAUUGCGAUAGGUGUGAUCGUGACAGUGUGUAUAAUGCUGAGAAGGAGACCAAAGAAACAAGCAGACCAGCUAGCCAAAACCAUUGAAAAUGAUGGAGUAGAUAUGACCAGCGUUGAUGCUGCAUGUGAGAACCCUGUACAAAAUGGAAACCCUGCAAAUGCAACAAACACAUACGAAAAACUUGGAGCAAAUGGAAAUGCUGCAGAUGAUUCACAAUAUGGUAAUUCUGAGUUCCUCCGUAAGAAGGGACUUGCAUAA